CGCCCGCUGCGAGGAAGAUCGAUCAAUCACUAUGCUCAUUGACUCUGAGUCUCAGACAUCAUCUAUCUCAAGGACAAAGCCUGAAGAGGAUGCAGAAGAAUGGGAGGACGUUCCGAAUACAGACCUGGCGCGCCAUGACAGUGACAUCUCUGUUGGGCGUCGCGCAAGUUCUGUCAGGCAAUCCACCCCCUCUCGUACGCGGCGUCGCAAGGUCGGGAGAACCGCCUCAGUCUCUCUUGCUCAAGCGCACCCCACGCCGCGUCGCGUAACUACUCAACCCCGACUUCCGACGGCUGCUCCCAGGAAGGCAUUCGAGCUCAACGGUGAUCAGGUGCAAGAUGUCCUCACACACGGCGCAGCCUCCUUCGUGCGCUACUCUGGCUCCAUAUUCACGCAUGCAUUCCAACUGCUCAAGCGGCCUCUCGGAUACCUCGUCUUCCUGUAUCUGCUCGGGCUCCUUCUGGGCUUCCUUUUCGCCAGAUUCCGCGCCGCCUUUGCCCCCAUAUGCUGGAUCCCAGGCAUCUCCAGCAGCGCUCUUUGUCGCAUCCCUGGGAUCCCGGAGAAUGUGUUGAGGUCACCUCAACGAGUGGACUAUCCACGCCUGGUGGAGAUCCAAAGCUCCAGCUUCGAACAGCUGCUCGACGGCGCCAUUGGCGGACCCGCGCUUGGGCUCGAGAUAAAAAAGGCCGAGAUGGCAACCAAGGACCUCAUCACCCUCGUGAAAUACAGCCAGUUGAAGAGCCGCGACAGUCUCGCCGAGUCGCUGUACAACUUCGUGCAAGACGCGAAAAAGACAGGGAAAGGCCUGCAGAAGCUCACAGCUAAGAUCAAUGGCGCUGUUGACAACAUCAUGGCGAUCAACGACUACGCCCUGCACACCAUCGAGGGCGCCCAAGCUCAACCUAACUCCCUCAUGCGCGUCAUCUGGCCCUUCGGCGUCGAGCCGCCCACCCAGGCCGCCGCGCUCGAGGCCUUCCACAAGUCCAUGGAAGUGCAUGCCUCGGAGAUGAAGCGCCUGAUCCUCGAGGUCGAAGUGUCCUCUACAAACCUCGACGCGCUUGAGGAGCACCUCGCGACGCUCCACGACAUCUGCGCGCGCGAGAACCUCUCGAUGAGCUCUGCGCGCGACGCCCUCCUCUCCGACCUCUGGACGAUCCUUGGAGGAAACCGCGAUCGCGUGCGCUCAUUCAAUGCAAACCUCGAGCUCCUGCGCGACCUCGGCGAAUACAGGCGGCGCGCGGCGGCGCACGUUGCGGCUGCGAUGCACACGCUACAGGCGAUGGGGGAGGAUAUGGAAGAUUUGAGAGAGCGAGUCUCUGCGCCUGAGCUCGUGGGCGACGUCGUGCCGGUGGAGGUGCACAUGAAGAGCAUCAGAGCGGGGAUGGACAGGCUGAAGGAGCAAAGGGUCAAGGCGAAGGAGAGGGAGGAGAUGUUGAUGAGCAGGAUUCUCGGAAUCGAGGAAUGAGCCCCUCGCUCGUCCGGAUGAUCGUCAUGUACGUUGUAUGUAUACCUUGUCAGCCGCGUUGCUCUGGACUUCUGCGGAGUAUCUAUUG